ACUCGGGUCAUGAAUCCGAGAUAAUUAGGAUUUGUUUUCCGAUCUAUGAAAAAUGUUAUUGAUUUCAUGUUUGAUAUGUGGUAGAAUUAAAAAUUUUGGGAACUUUUAAAGCUGGGGGUUUCUGAAAAUUUCAUCUCAAUUCAAUCAGAUCGAAAAAUUUAGUCGAAACUCGGUUGGGUUGGGACCAGGAUGCCGCUUAAAACUAUGGGUCUAACCAAUUGGUUCCAAAACAAAAUAGUUGAUCCUCUGCUUCUGAUUCUUCGCAGAGGUGCUGAGCCGAAACAGUUGGCUUUCUCUGCUGCUCUUGGCAUUACUUUGGGAAUAUUUCCUAUAUGCGGUGUCACUGUAUUCCUUUGUGGGGUGGCAAUUGCAUUGCUUCGAUCAUUUUGUCAUGCUCCGACUUUGAUGCUGGCAAACUUCAUUGCUACUCCAAUAGAAUUGAGUCUCAUUGUGCCUUUUUUACGGUUUGGUGAAGUCAUCUCUGGAGGACCUCAUUUCCCUUUAACAUCUGAUGCUUUAAAGAAAGUUCUAACUGGUCAAGCUUCUUAUGAAGUUUUCUCAAGCAUUGCCCAUGCGUUAUUAGGGUGGCUUGUGGCAGCGCCUUUUAUUCUGGGAACGCUUUACAUAGUGUUUAUACCAUGCUUCAAGAUCCUGGUUCGAAAGUUUGGCUCUGUUCCUUCAAGUCCAAAGACGGGCCAUCCAAGCUUAGAAGCCAAGCAAAAGGUAAGAAAUGUUUGAAAAUAUAGCAAGAUAUAGAAAUAGAAGGUUUUGUCAUCGCUUUACCUCGCUCAGCGAGAGUAGUAACCAUUCAUUCCUUUAGCGUUCCUUAAUGAUAACAUUGUACAUAAAUGAAGACUCGUGACACUCAGCUUCUUCUUCUUCUUCUUCUUGUUGUUGUUGCAGCAGUAGACAUGUUAUUAGCUAACUUGACAACCAGAAACGGGAUUUCCAGUGUUUUAGAUAAAUAAAUUUCUGUGCAUUUACCUGUGGGGCUGAA